AUGAAAAACUUGAUACUAACAUUGACAAGUGUAUCAGCACUAAUUUGCUCAGUAACCUCUGCCAAUAUUCGGAAGCAAUGUCCAAGCUACACAGACUACUCGGCAGUUGUUCAUGGCCCACUGUCUGCGGGGAAGUUUCAAAUACCUUCCAUGCGCCCUGCACCCGAGUGCAGAACGUUUACCAGCCCUACCAUUGAAAAAUAUUUGGUAAAAUAUACAUCGGCUAUAAACGACCCUGACUGGCGGCAGCUAUUCUCCAACAUUUUUACAAACACACUUGACACAACUGUCGCGUGGCACAAUGCAAAUAAAACUGAGUCAUAUACAUUUCUUGUGACUGGUGAUAUUACCGCGCAGUGGAUACGCGACAGUACUAACCAGGUAUUGCCGUAUUUGCCAUACACAGAGAUGGACGGAGACAUUGCGAUGCUGAUAAUGGGCCUCAUCAACAUGCAAGCCGAAGAACUUGCUAGAUAUCCAUACGGAAACGCAUUUCAGCCUCCGCCGCGUUCGGGCUUAAGACCAGCUGAAAAUGGGCUUGCUCUGGAUCUGUCGGUCACUCCGCCAUUUGACAAUCGCACAGUUUUUGAGGCAAAGUUUGAGUUGGACUCGUUUGCUUCGUUCUUUCAAAUAUCGACGUCUUACUGGAUUGCUACCAAGGACCAUCGAUUCAUGCUCCAACCGUCGUGGAUCCAAGCUGUGUCUGCAAUUCUGGACAUUGUUUACGAUCUUCAAAAGCCAACUUUCAAUUCCAAGCAUCAAGUUAACAAGCCCAAAGUGCGGUAUACAAGAUUGACAGACAUGGCGACCGAGACCCAGUUUGUCCGUGGCAUGGGCAACCCGGUCAAGUACACCGGAAUGGCAAAGACAUUGUUCAGGCCCUCGGACGAUACCACUAUUUUUCCGUUCCUCGUUCCUGCCAAUGCAUUUUUAUCCGUUGAGCUCAGCCGCCUGGCAUAUAUGCUUGACGCAAUUGGUGCGUACCCCAAGACAUCUGAAGUGGCAAAGGCACUGUCGGAUAAAAUUCGCAAGGGCAUAAUAGAGCACGGCACAACAAUUCAUCCAAAAUAUGGUCGCAUUUUUGUCUACGAGACCGACGGAUACAGCUCAAACCUGGUCAUGGACGACGCCAACGGCCCGUCACUGCUUUCAUUGCCGUACAUAGGGUUUGUUACUGCCAGUGACCCUGUCUAUCAGAGCACGCGCAAGAUGAUUUUGUCUGCAAACGACAACCCAUGGUACUUCACGGGCCCAUAUAUCCAUGGUAUUGGCAGCCCGCAUACGGGGCUGCAGAAGGUAUGGCCCAUGGCAAUAGCCAUGCGUGGCCUCACUUCGAACGACAGGGCUGAGGUCAAAGAGUGUUUGGAUCAACUUUUGGCGACAACCUCGGGAUUGGGCCUGAUGCACGAGUCUGUCGAUGUGAGCAAACCAGCGGACUAUACUAGGUCGUGGUUUGCGUGGUGCAACUCGUUGGCCAGCCAGUUUGUAAUCAGCGCCAUUAUCAAGUUCCCAGGAAUUAUCUAA